GCAAACUCCCGCCCCCUGUCGUCUUUUCUGACUUUCCGUCUCAGCUACGCUUGGGAGAGCCGCCGGCCGGCGCUAUUAAUUUGUGUGCUCCAAGAUGGAGGAGGUUUUGUGAUGUUCCCCAGCUCUCAGAAGUGAUCCUUUUUCCGUCCGUGUCAGAUCAUUCCUCAGACACAGGGGCGGAGGCCUUUUCUAAAUCCUUCUGCCUGUGGGGGAAAUAAAGAACAACUUUAGGAUUUGGAUAUUAGUUUUUUUUGUGUGUUUUUCGCCACAGCCAUGAGCUCGGGGGAAGGGGCCGAGGAGGCGGCUAAGGACGCGGCCGAUAUAGCUACGUUCUUCAAAUCUGAUUGUUCGCUUUCAAAAUGUGAGCCCAAAGCCGAUGUCUCCAAUCAAAUAACAGGUUUUCGUAGGAAUGAAGAGAUGAAGGCAAUGGAAGUUUUGCCCAUUCUAAAGGAAAAAGUGGCCUUCUUGUCAGGGGGCAGGGACAAGCGCGGCGGUCCAGUUUUAACAUUCCCAUCACGAACCAACCAUGACCGAAUACGACACGAGGAUCUCCGCCGACUCAUCGCCUACCUCGCCGGCAUCCCUAGCGAGGACGUGUGCAAACAUGGCUUCACGGUCAUCGUGGACAUGCGUGGCUCCAAAUGGGAUUCCAUCAAGCCUCUGCUGAAGAUCCUGCAGGAAUCGUUUCCCUGCUGCAUCCACGUCGCCCUCAUCAUCAAACCAGACAACUUCUGGCAAAAACAGAGGACCAACUUCGGCAGCUCCAAGUUUGAGUUUGAGACCGCCAUGGUUUCCCUGGAGGGCUUGUCUAAGGUGGUGGACCCAUCCCAGUUGACGGCCGACUUCGAGGGCAGCCUGGACUACAACCACGAAGAGUGGAUUGAGAUCCGCGUGGCCUUCGAAGACUUCACAGGCAACGGUCGGCACCUGCUCGCCCGUCUGGAGGAGAUGCAAGAAACGGUCACACGUAAAGACUUCCCGCAGGACUUAGAGGGAGCCCGGCGCAUGAUAGAGGAGCACGCAGCCCUGAAGAAGAGGGUGAUGAAGGCUCCUGUGGAGGAGGUGGACAGUGAGGGCCAGAGGCUGCUGCAAAGGAUUCAAAGCAGCGAGAGCUACGCUAACCGAACUGUGCCAGUCCUGCCAGGGCAGAGGGAAGGACAGGGACAACCCAACGCUGACACCCAGGGCCUGGUGCCCCGUAUUUCAGCCCUACUGGAAAAACUGCACAGCACCAGGCAGAACCUGCAUCAGGCCUGGCAAAUCCGCAAGCUGCAGUUGGACCAGUGCUUCCAACUCAGGCUUUUCGAGCAGGAUGCUGAAAAGAUGUUUGACUGGAUAAUGCACAACAAAGGGCUGUUUCUGGCUGGAUACACUGAGAUCGGCAACAACCACCCCCACGCCAUGGAGCUGCAGACCCAGCACAACCACUUCGCCAUGAACUGCAUGAAUGUUUACGUAAACAUAAACCGCAUCAUGUCGGUGGGGAACCGUCUGCUGGAGGCGGGCCACUAUGCGUCCCAGCAGAUCAAACAGAUCUCAGGUCAGCUGGAGCAGGAGUGGAAAGCCUUUGCUGCUGCGCUGGAUGAGAGGAGCGCCCUGCUGGAGAUGUCUGCUACUUUCCACCAGAAAUGCGACCAGUACAUGAGCAAUGUGGACUCAUGGUGUAAAGCAUGCGGGGAGGUGGAUCUGCCCUCUGAGCUACAGGACCUAGAGGACGCCAUCCACCAUCACCAAGGCCUGUAUGAGCAGAUCACCGCUGCCCACUCUGAGGUGAGCCAAGAUGGAAAAGCCUUAUUGGACAAACUGCAGCGCCCCUUGACCCCUGGCAGCACUGAUUCGCUGACGGCUUCUGCCAAUUACUCCAAAGCGGUGCACCAUGUUUUGGACAUCAUCCAUGAGGUUCUGCAUCACCAGAGGCAGCUGGAGAACAUCUGGCAGCACCGUAAGGUCCGGCUGCACCAACGUCUGCAGCUGUGUGUAUUCCAGCAAGACGUUCAGCAGGUUCUUGACUGGAUUGAGAACCACGGUGAGGCGUUUCUCAGCAAACACACAGGAGUGGGGAAAUCUCUACAUCGCGCUCGAGCCCUGCAGAAACGGCAUGAAGACUUUGAGGAAGUUGCUCAGAAUACUUACACAAAUGCUGAUAAGCUGCUUGAAGCUGCGGAGCAGUUGGCCCAGACAGGCGAGUGUGACCCGGAGGAGAUCUAUCAGGCCGCCCAUCAGCUGGAGGACCGGAUCCAGGACUUUGUAAGGCGUGUGGAGCAGCGAAAAGUCUUGCUGGACAUGUCAGUGGCUUUCCACACCCAUGUUAAGGAGCUGUGGACGUGGCUGGAGGAGUUGCAGAAGGAAUUGUUGGACGAUGUGUAUGCCGAGUCGGUGGAGGCCGUUCAGGACCUGAUCAAGCGUUUCGGGCAGCAGCAGCAGACCACACUGCAAUUCACUGUAAAUGUCAUCAAAGAGGGAGAAGAUCUCAUUCAACAACUCAGAGACUCAGCCAUCUCCAGCAAUAAGACCCCUCACAACAGCUCCAUCAACCACAUCGAGACCGUUCUGCAGCAGCUGGAUGAGGCUCAGGCUCAGAUGGAGGAGCUCUUCCAGGAGAGGAAGAUCAAACUGGAGCUUUUCCUUCAGCUCAGGAUCUUUGAGAGGGAUGCCAUUGAUAUUAUCUCAGAUCUGGACUCAUGGAAUGAGGAGCUGUCACAGCAGAUGAAUGACUUCGACACAGAGGACCUGACGCUGGCCGAACAGAGACUGCAGCACCACGCUGAUAAAGCCCUGACCAUGAACAACCUCGCCUUCCACGUCAUCCACCAGGGCCAGGAACUGCUGCAAUACGUCAACGAGGUGCAGGCGUCUGGUGUCGAGUUGCUGUGUGACCGUGAUGUGGACAUGGCCACCCGUGUACAGGAUCUCCUGGAGUUUCUACAUGAGAAACAACAAGAGCUGGACGUGGCCGCAGAGCAGCACCGCAGACACCUGGAGCAGUGUGUGCAACUGCGCCACCUACAGGCAGAAGUCAAACAGGUUCUGGGUUGGAUCCGUAAUGGCGAGUCAAUGCUGAAUGCAGGUCUGAUUACGGCCAGUUCACUUCAAGAAGCUGAGCAGCUGCAGAGAGAGCAUGAGCAGUUCCAGCAUGCUAUCGAGAAAACCCAUCAAAGCGCCCUACAGGUCCAGCAGAAAGCAGAGGCCCUGCUGCAGGCUAAUCACUACGACAUGGACAUGAUUCGAGACUGCGCUGAGAACGUGGCCUCCCACUGGCAGCAGCUCAUGCUGAAGAUGGAAGACAGGCUCAAGCUGGUCAAUGCAUCUGUGGCCUUCUAUAAGACCUCCGAACAGGUGUGCAGUGUGUUGGAGAGUCUAGAGCAGGAGUACAAGCGGGAGGAGGACUGGUGCGGAGGAGCGGACAAACUGGGGCCCAACUGUGAAACCGACCACGUCACCCCCAUGAUCAGCAAGCAUCUGGAGCAGAAAGAGGCCUUCCUUAAGGCAUGCACGCUGGCCAGACGGAAUGCUGACGUGUUUCUGAAAUACAUGCACAGAAACAGCGUCAGCAUGCCGGGGAUGCUGAGUCACGUCAAAGCACCAGAGCAGCAGGUCAAAAAUAUCCUGAAUGAGUUACUGCAAAGGGAGAAUCGGGUCCUGCACUUCUGGACCAUGAGGAAGAGAAGGCUGGACCAGUGUCAGCAGUAUGUGGUGUUUGAACGCAGUGCCAAACAGGCUCUGGAGUGGAUCCAUGACACCGGUGAGUUCUAUCUGUCCACACACACCUCCACAGGCUCCAGCAUCCACCACACGCAGGAGCUUCUGAAGGAGCACGAAGACUUCCACAUCACAGCCAAGCAAACCAAAGAGCGGGUGAAGCUGCUGAUACAGUUAGCGGAUGGUUUCUGUGAUAAGGGCCACUCCCACGCCGCUGAGAUUAAGAAAUGGGUCACGGCCGUGGACAAACGCUAUCGAGACUUCUCCCUUCGCAUGGACAAGUAUCGCACGUCUCUAGAGAAAGCCCUCGGCAUAUCAUCAGACUCAAGCAAAGCAAGUAAAGACCUGCAGUUGGACAUCAUUCCAGCCAGCGCUCCAGGGUCAGAGGUCAAACUCAGAGAUGCUGCCCAUGAGCUUAACGAAGAGAAGCGCAAGUCUGCCCGCAGGAAGGACUUCAUCAUGGCUGAGCUGAUUCAGACAGAAAAAGCUUAUGUGCGAGACUUAAGAGAGUGCAUGGAUACAUAUCUGUGGGAGAUGACCAGUGGCGUGGAGGAGAUCCCACUAGGGAUCGUUAAUAAAGAGCAUAUAAUUUUUGGUAACAUGCAGGACCUCUACGAGUUCCAUCACAAUAUUUUCCUCAAAGAGCUGGAGAAGUACGAGCAGCUUCCUGAAGAUGUGGGCCACUGUUUUGUGACUUGGGCCGAUAAGUUCCAAAUGUACGUGAACUACUGCAAGAACAAACCAGACUCCACUCAACUUAUUCUUGAGCAUGCUGGAGGAUAUUUUGACGAAAUCCAACAGAGGCAUCGCCUGGCCAACUCCAUCUCAUCAUACCUCAUCAAACCUGUUCAGAGAAUAACCAAGUACCAGCUGCUCCUCAAGGAGCUCCUGACGUGUUGCGAGGAAGGCAAAGGUGAAAUCAAAGAUGGCCUGGAGGUUAUGCUCAGUGUUCCCAAGAGAGCCAAUGACGCCAUGCACUUGAGCAUGCUGGAAGGGUUUGACGAGAACAUUGAGUCCCAGGGAGAACUGAUCCUGCAGGAGGCGUUCCAUGUGUGGGAUCCCAAGACCCUGAUCCGUAAGGGACGGGAACGUCACCUGUUCCUCUUCGAAAUGUCACUGAUUUUCAGCAAGGAGGUUAAAGACUCCAAUGGCAGGAGCAAGUACAUCUACAAGAGCAAGCUUUUUACCUCUGAACUGGGUGUUACUGAGCAUGUGGAAGGAGAUCCGUGUAAAUUUGCCCUCUGGGUUGGACGGACCCCAACUUCAGACAACAAGAUUGUCCUCAAGCUAAGUCAGGGAUGCAAACAUGGAUCCAUGGCGUCCAGUAUUGAGAACAAACAGGACUGGAUAAAGCACAUCCGUGAAGUGAUUCAGGAGCGCACUGUGCAUCUGAAGGGGGCGCUGAAGGAGCCCAUCCACAUCCCCAAACCUUCCACAGCCAAACAUAAGGGUCGCAGGUACACCCCCAGGGAUGGAGAGGAUCUGGACAGUCAGGGUGACUGCAGCAGUCAGCCAGACACCAUCUCACUGGCCUCCAGGACCUCACAGAACACACUGGACAGCGACAAGUUGUCAGGUGGUUGUGAGCUCACAGUGGUCAUCCAUGACUUCAUGGCCGGUAACAGUAAUGAACUGACAGUGCGAAGGGGACAGACGGUAGAGGUACUAGAGAGGCUCCACGAUAAGCCCGACUGGUGCUUGGUGCGGACCACUGACCGUUCCCCUGCCCUGGAAGGCCUGGUUCCCUGUGCCAUGCUCUGUAUCGCCCACUCCCGCAGCAGCAUGGAGAUGGAGGGCAUCUUUAACCACAAAGACGCGCUUUCUGUGUGCAGUAACGAUGCCAUCUUGCCAGGCUCCUCUGCCACCCUGCAGCCAGGUCAUGUGAUGGGCUCCCAGAGUUCCCCUGGGCCCAAACGCACUGGCAACACAUUAAGGAAAUGGCUGACCAGCCCUGUGAGGAGACUCAGCAGUGGUAAAGCCGACGGCCACGUGAAGAAGCUGGCGCACAAACACAAGAAGAGCCGUGACGUCAGAAAGAGCGCAGACGCAGGCUCGCAGAAAGACUCUGACGACAGCGCAGCCACGCCACAGGAUGAGACUCUGGAAGAGAGGGUGCGUAACGAGGGUCUGAGCAGCGGGACUCUCUCCAAAUCAUCGUCGUCAGGAAUGCAGAGCUGUGGAGAGGAAGAGGGAGAGGAAGGAGCUGAUACUGUGCCACUUCCUCCACCCAUGGCCAUCCAGCAGCACAGCCUCUUCCAGCCGGACGCACAGGAUGACAAGCUAAGCAGACCUGAGGCCACACCCAGACACAAAUUGGAAAGUCUGGAAGGCACAGCAAGGACCUCUUCCCGUCUUUCCGUCCGACCCUCCAGUUCUGAAACCCCCAGCGCUGCAGAGUUAGUCAGUGCCAUUGAGGAGCUGGUCAAAAGAAAAAUGGCUCUGGAGGACAGACCCAGCUCUUUGUCUGUGGAGCAAGGGGACAGCAGCAGCCCCUCUUUCAACCCAUCUGAUAACUCCCUCCUCUCUUCCUCCUCUCCGAUCGAUGAGAUCGAGGAACGCAAGACUGGCUUCCUCAAGAGACGGCAUUACGUACUGCUGGAACUAAUCGAGACAGAGAGGGACUAUGUGAGAGAUCUCAGUUUGGUCGUGGAGGGCUACAUGACCAGGAUGAGGGAGGAUGGAGUUCCAGAUGAUAUGAAAGGAAAAGACAAAAUAGUUUUUGGAAACAUUCAGCAGAUAUACGACUGGCACAAAGAUUUCUUCCUGGGAGAGUUUGAGAAGUGCCUUGAGGAUCCUGACUGGCUGGGCCCUCUCUUCGUCAAACAUGAGAGGAGACUGCACAUGUACAUUGUUUACUGCCAGAACAAACCUAAAUCUGAGCUUAUUGUCUCAGAGUAUAUCGACACCUAUUUUGAGGAUCUGAAGCAGCGUCUGGGUCACAGGCUUCAGAUCACUGAUCUGCUCAUUAAACCCGUGCAGAGAAUCAUGAAGUACCAGCUGCUGCUUAAGGAUUUCCUCAAAUUUUCCAAAAAAGUUGGAAUUGAUUCAGUAGAAUUGGAGAAAGCGGUUGAGGUCAUGUGCAUUGUACCAAAAAGAUGCAACGACAUGAUGAAUGUUGGUCGACUCCAGGGAUUUGAUGGAAAGAUCAUUGCUCAGGGGCGUCUCCUCCUGCAGGACACCUUCAUGGUGGCUGAACCGGAUGGAGGCCUGCUGAACAGAAUGAAGGAGAGAAGAGUCUUCCUCUUUGAACAGAUUGUCAUCUUCAGUGAACCUUUAGAUAAAAAGAGGGGCUUCUCGAUGCCUGGUUACCUGUACAAAUACAGCAUCAAGGUGAGCUGUCUGGGGCUUGAGGAUAGUGUGGAUGGAAACCCAUGUAAAUUCACACUGACCUCUAGAACGUCCAAUGUCAGCAAAGAGGCCUUUGUUCUGCACUCAAACCACCCUGGAGUCCGACAAGUCUGGAUGCUGCAGAUCAGCCAAAUCCUGGAGAGCCAAUGCAAUUUCCUCAAUGUGCUUACAUCUCCUAUAGACUACCAGAGGAACCAUGUCGAGGGGCCUGGUGUCUCAGGCAGCAUACAGGCUGGAGGUAGCGGGGGUCAGGUCAUGGUCCCUGGAGGAAGCGGAGGGGCCCCGGCUGGGUCGGGUUCCCGCUCCCGCCCCUCCCGUAUCCCCCAGCCCUCACGCUUGCCUCAGCCGCUCCGUCAUCACUCUCCCGCACUGGGGCCCGGAGCCCACGAGCCUGACGGCCCCGACAAAAUAUCAGGUAUGUCCCCGAGACCUCUCUCCAGGGGUCCCUCACCCUCUUGCACCACAGAGCCUGAUCCAAAGGUGAAGGUUCCUGCGAGCCCUCACCCCAAACAGACGGACUCUACAGAAAGCGCUUCCAAAGAGAGCAGGGAUGGAGUCGGCACGGCCCAGAUCCCUCGGGCCACCGUGGCCCCGCUAGGACUGGUCAAACCCAGACCUGGAACGGUCUCGCCCAUGGCCUCCCCAUUAGCCACACCUGCUUUCAAAGACUCCAUCCCACCCUGCAGUCCUGGGCCAAAGACAGGUGGCAGCUCCACCUCGUUCUGGAGCUCCGUUCCUGCUUCCCCCGCCAGCAGGCCUGGUUCCUUUACUUUCCCUGGGGAAGCAUGUGACACACUGGGACGGCAAAACCAGAACCAAAGUCACCGGCAUUCCACCCACAGUAAGGACGCAGACCGAAUGAGUACCUGCUCUUCUGCCAGUGAGCAAUCUGUCCAGUCCACUCAGAGCAACGGGAGUGAAAGCAGCAGCAGCAGUAAUAUCUCCACCAUGUUGGUGACUCAGGACUAUGUGGCUCUGAAAGAGGAUGAGAUAAAUGUAGGUCAAGGGGAGGUGGUGCAGAUCCUGGCCUCCAAUCAGCAGAACAUGUUCUUGGUGUUUCGCGCCGCUACCGACCAAUGCCCAGCCGCCGAGGGCUGGAUCCCUGGAUACGUGCUGGGCCACACCUCCGCCAAUAUCCCUGAUGUACCAGAGGGGACCAUUAACAGGAAAUCAUCAUCGUGGCAUACAUCCCUCCGUAUCCGUAAGAAGUCCGAGAAAAGAGAGAAGGAAAAUAAAAAAGAGGCCAAGCUUGAAAAUGGAUACAGGAAAUCCAGAGAGGGACUAACCAACAAGGUCUCUGUAAAGCUUCUAAAUCCCAAUUAUAUCUAUGAUGUUCCCCCAGAGAUCCUCGUCCCGCUGAGUGAUGUGACCUGUGAUAAAGGGGAGUGUGUCACUCUGAGGUGUAAAGUGUGUGGCCGCCCCAAAGCCACAGUCACAUGGAUGGGACCCGAUCAGAAAACACUCACCAACAAUGGCCACUUUAGCAUAGUCUACAGUGAGACUGGCGAGACCACUCUGCGUAUCGUAGGUGUGACCUCAGAGGAUGAUGGCAUGUACACCUGCAUUGCAACGAAUGACAUAGGCAAUGUGACAUCAUCAGCCAGUCUCAGAGUGUUGGGAACUACUAGCGAUGGAAUCCGGGUCAUGUGGAAAGACAACUUUGAGUCCUUCUACACUGAGGUAGCAGAGCUGGGCAGGGGAAGGUUCUCUGUAGUAAAACGCUGUGACCAGAGGGGAUCAAAGCGCACAGUAGCGGUCAAGUUUGUGAAUAAGAAACUCAUGAAGCGAGACCAGGUCACCCACGAGUUCAGCGUCCUACAGAGACUCCAGCACCCUCACCUAGUCAGACUACUGGACACCUUUGAGACCUCCAGCAGCUAUGCACUGGUCCUUGAGAUGUCUGAUCAGGGCCGUCUACUGGACUACAUUGUGAGCUGGGGGAACCUCACUGAGGAAAAAGUGGCCUUUUACCUCCGGGACAUUUUAGAAGCUUUGCAAUACCUGCACAACUGCAGAAUAGUUCAUCUGGAUUUAAAGCCUGAAAACCUUUUGGUGGAGCAGAGCCCCUCCCAGCCGAUGGUGAAACUGACGGACUUCGGCGAUGCAGUGCAGCUGAACUCGACUCCCUACGUUCACCCUCUGCUGGGCAGCCCAGAGUUUGCGGCCCCCGAGCUGGUUCUCGGGGAUCCCGUCUCUCUCUCCUCUGACUUAUGGAGUCUAGGCGUGGUGACGUACGUGAUGCUGAGCGGGGCGUCUCCGUUCUUGGACGAGAGCGUGGAGGAGACGUGCCUCAACAUCUGCCGCCUAGACUUCAGUUUCCCCGACGACUACUUUCAGGGCGUGAGCCAGGCGGCACGGGAUUUCGUGUGCCUGCUUCUCAGGACCGAAUCUUCCAAGCGGCCCCCAGCUGCCACCUGCCUGCAGGAUCCCUGGCUGAGACCCGGAGGUGGCCGUCGCUCGGCCGAAUGCAUCGAUACCUCUAGACUCAUCUCCUUCAUCGAUCGGCGCAAACACCAGAACGACCUGCGGCCUCUCGGAGGCAUAAGAGUCUUCCUGCAAAGCAGGCUACAGCCCAGGAUCUGACCCGAGAAACGUGAUCUCAUCCUCUUCCUGAUGCCAAUUAAGAAGACUUCAGUCCUGAGCCUAUCAAAAUGUGUGCUGACAACCAUAUCUGCCAAUCAGAGCCUUCGUCGGCAGACAAGAUUUUAGAUCGUUAGUCCUUUCCCAGUUUGCUGCUGCCUUGUUUCCAAUUUCAUGAAGACUUUUACGCAGAGAUGAAAACAAUGGAAUAUAAAUAUAUAUAUAUAAUAUUUCUCUGAUUUGCUGAAUGAUCAACAAAUCUACAUAAAUGGACUAAUAUUUUGUGUAGAACAAAACGUGGCAGAAGAAACGUUUUUGAAGAGAGCGAUGCAAAUGCAAUUUAGCGAGGAGAACAACCUUUUUUCCCUUUCUGUUUUGCCGGAGCCAGAGAGCAAGCGGCUGUUUUUGUGCUUUUACAGAGUUCGACUCGUAACAUUUCUUAAUGAACCUUUAGAGAAAAAUGAACAGCGCAUAAUAACGAUGACAUUUUCAGGUACAUCUUUCAAUAAAAUCAGUUACAUCAACUCAAGUCUGAAUGAACGCAACACACAAAUCGUGAGCAGAUGAAUAAGCGUUUUAAGUGAAAGCAUGUUUUGGUCUCCUACUGUAAUUAGUUGCUUAUUUCAACAAUGAUGAUUACGCCACAUUUAGCUGCAAAAUUUUUAACGGCUGCAAGUCUUUUUUUGAUUUACUACGACUAGAACAAACUGUGUUGUGCAAUCUACAGAUGUAUACGCCUUAUUCUAUACUAUGUGUCUGCCCUGUUUCUUUCUUUUUUUCUUUCUUUCUUUCUUUCUUUUUAAAUGCAAUGUCACAAGGGUGGAGAGCAGAACUCCAGUGGGAGACAGCCAUAGGACGGCCAGACGUCUGAGCUCAUCAGCAUUGAAGAAUGACUGAAUACUGUAAAUGCACUCGCGUUGUUUCCGGUUCUUAUCACGUGCAAUGUUGCAGCUUCGAUGGUUUAUGCAACUAUUUAUGAAGACAUCCGUUAUACCUUUAAUAAAAGCUUAGAAUAGCACGUACUCGGUACUGCAGUUCUGCUGUUGUUUAUUUAAUCUGGUCUUUAUUGUUAAGUAUUAAAGCCCUGUCAUUCUACAGGGAUGUUGUCUACAUGGCACUUAUGCUAGUCACUUUUCUGUUGAUAUACAUAUUGGUAUGCCAAAGCUCUCCAUGCUUUACAAGAAUUAGUUUUUCUUUUUGUUCCCCGACAAACAUUUUACACCUUAGGUAGCUAUGACUGGUUGUUUACACGAGUUAUUCAUAGCUUUACAUUUGGGAAGAAUUGUUUUUCUUUGUUUAUUUUCCUUGGUGUCCAUGUUAUAGACAUUUCACAGAUCAAACUUUUAAUUUUUUUGUGCAUUAUUGGAGUAUUUCUGAAACGCACCUCCCAUUUAGACUAGGCAGUCCUUGACAUGAGAAUAAUUUGGUCAUAGCAAGAUAUCAUGGACAAAAAAAUGGGAAGCCUUUCAAUUAUGAUGUUUAUCUUCUCAUAUAGAUAGUUUUAAUGCAAAUGUAGGUCCUUUAGUUUUAAGGCCUCUGAUAGUUUUUGGCGAGAGGUUAGUCAUAAGAAGCUCUCAACAGUUUAAAUUGUCACUGGAAUGAAUGGUUUGCAGUCUGUAACCAUUGACCUGUUGCUCUCAGUGCGUUGAUUUCCAGUGAUCCUCGCGUCAUACAUCAGUCAACUGUUAUAUUUGAGAUUUUGAAGCGUUCUGAAAUGUUUGAGUGCUGGACAGUGACUCUUUCCCGGUAGGAAGGAACAUUGUUAAUUCAUCUGUAUAGACCCAUAUCAUGUCCUCUAAUUUAUUUGUCAUUGUGAAGUUGUACAGAUGCCUUUACAGCGUGGGAACUUGGACUGGAUACAUUUUUUUAAGUGUUUCAUUGAAUGUCUAAUUUGAGUUCUGAUCUCAUUGUAUUUUGAUGUAUGUAUUAUCAUUUUAGACUUGUUUUAUUUGGAUUAUUUUAUACUUUUUGCAUGUGUAUAUUUCUUUGUACAGAAACCAUAAGUGUUUUCGCGAUAUGUGCUGUAAAUAUUUUCAGUUUUGCCAUCAGUUAUUUUGAAAUUAAACAUAAUGGAACAUU